GACGUCAUUGCGAUCACGCCGCCCACGUGACCCGCCGCGCAGGGGCCCUUCCUCCGCGUUGCCCGCGAGAGCAGGGGAGACGUUUUAAUUUGAAAGCGGCUCGGGUUCGCACGGGGCUUCAAGAUGAAGGUGAAAAUGUUGUGCAGAAAUCCGGAUGACUACGUUAGAGAGACGAAACUAGACAUUCAGCGAGUUCCAAGGAAUUAUGAUCCUGCAUUGCAUCCAUUUGAGGUACCUCGGGAAUACACCAGAGCACUGAAUGCCACCAAACUGGAGCGUGUCUUUGCCAAGCCAUUCGUAGCAUCACUUGAUGGUCACAGAGAUGGCGUGCACUGUAUGGCUAAGCAUUUUAAGAGUUUAUCCACAAUAAUCUCUGGGGCUUGCAAUGGUGAGAUCAAAGUUUGGAACUUGAUGAAGCGUGAAUGCAUCCGUACAGUGCAAGCGCACACAGGUUUUGUCAGAGGCAUCUGUUCUAGAUUCUGUGGUACAUCAUUUUUUACAGUCGGUGAUGAUAAGACCAUCAAACAGUGGAAAAUGGAGAGUCCCGCAUUUAAUGAGGAAGAAGAGCCAAUGCACAUGAUUCUAGGCAAGACUGUUUAUACAGGAAUUGAUCACCAUUGGAAAGAUGGUGUAUUUGCAACAUGUGGACAGCAGGUGGAUAUCUGGGAUGAACAGAGGACUAGCCCAAUUCGCUCUUUUACGUGGAGUGUGGACAGUAUCAGCAGUGUUAAAUUUAACCCAAUAGAGACACACCUUCUUGCCAGCUGUGCUUCUGACAGAAAUAUCGUUCUGUAUGAUAUGAGACAGGCAGCUCCUUUGAAAAAGGUUAUCAUGGACCUGCGGACUAAUGCCGUUUGUUGGAACCCUUUGGAAGCUUUUAUUUUUACUGGAGCGAAUGAGGAUUACAACUUAUAUACCUUUGACAUGCGCUACCUUGAUACGCCUCUAAUGGUGCAUAGGGAUCAUGUGUCGGCAGUACUGGAUGUAGAUUACUCUCCAACAGGAACAGAGUUUGUUUCAGCGAGUUUUGAUAAAUCUAUUCGUAUUUUCCCUGCAGACAAAGGGCAUAGCAGGGAGGUGUACCAUACAAAACGUAUGCAACAUGUGAUGUGUGUAAAAUGGUCUUCUGAUAGUAAAUACAUACUUUGUGGUUCUGAUGAAAUGAAUAUCCGUUUGUGGAAGGCUAAUGCUUCAGAAAAACUUGGUGUGCUUAUGCCAAGAGAGAAGGCUGCUCUGAACUACAAUCAAAAGCUUAAAGAAAAAUUCCAGCAUCAUCCUCAGAUCAAACGGAUAGCUCGUCACCGGCAUUUGCCUAAACUGAUUUAUAGCCAGUCCAAGGAACUCCGUAUCAUGAGGGAAGCACAACGCAGAAAAGAACUGAACCGUCGCAAGCACAGCAAACCAGGAUCUGUACCAUUUGUUACAGAGAGGAAGAAGCAUAUUGUGGCUGUGGUGAAAUAGCUAUUCUGCCUCUACAUUAUAUAUUAAUUAUUGCACAGAAUUUGAUCAAGGAAAAACAUUUGUAAUAAUAUAACAUUUUGUAUUUUACAUGUUUUCAUGGAUAUUUACUUAUCUAAAAAUAAUGCAUCAUUUCCAUUCACAUUGCAUGAAAUAAAAAUCACAUUCCCAUCUAAUAACAUAGAUAACAUCAACCUCGUUAAAUACUAAUCCCAUUCUUCGGAGGCAGUUUCUUAAUUCCAUAUUUUGAAGUAGUUCAAAAAUGAUUGUAUUCUAAAAAUUACCUUGUAGAAAUGUGAGUUUCUACAAUCAUAACUAGACAAACUUCAUGAUUUCUGAGUAAAGAUAAAUGAAAACAUGUAAGUAAAGUAUCUGAUUCUUAUUCCCAUUCUGUUUUAUUAAAUUGAUCAUUCAAGCUUUUGAGUGGUUAUUUCAAAUUGCCAUGUGAUUACAACAUACAUUACAGGCACUAAUAAACAUAAAAGGACCAUUUACUGAA